AUGCCUUACGCUUUAUCAGAAUCUCACAGACAAUUGACUGAAGGUCACUUGAAAGAAACCGAUCCAGAAGUUGAUCAAAUCAUCAAGGAUGAAGUUGACAGACAAAAACAUUCCAUCGUGUUGAUCGCCAGUGAAAACUUCACCACCACUUCUGUUUUUGAUGCUUUGGGAACUCCCAUGAGUAACAAAUACUCCGAGGGUUAUCCAGGUGCUAGAUACUAUGGUGGUAAUGAGCAUAUUGACAGAAUGGAGACCUUGUGUCAACAAAGAGCUUUGAAAGCAUUCCAUUUGACUCCUGACAAGUGGGGGGUCAAUGUGCAAACAUUGAGUGGAUCACCAGCUAACUUGCAAGUGUACCAAGCUAUUAUGAAGCCUCAUGACAGAUUGAUGGGUUUGGACUUGCCUCAUGGUGGCCAUUUGUCUCAUGGGUACCAAACUGAUCUGAGAAAGAUUAGUGCUGUUUCCACUUAUUUUGAAACUAUGCCAUACAGAGUUGAUUUGGAUACUGGAUUGAUUGAUUACGAUAUGUUGGAAAAGACUGCUGUUUUGUACAGACCUAAGGUGCUUGUUGCUGGUACUAGUGCUUAUUGUAGAUUGAUUGAUUACAAGAGAAUGAGGGAAAUUGCUGACAAAGUUGGUGCAUAUCUUGUUGUUGAUAUGGCUCACAUUUCAGGAUUGAUUGCUGCUGGUGUCAUUCCAUCACCAUUUGAGUACGCUGAUAUUGUCACCACCACCACCCACAAGUCAUUGAGGGGACCAAGAGGUGCCAUGAUCUUUUUCAGAAGAGGUGUUAGAUCAGUUAACCCAAAGACAGGACAAGAAAUUUUGUAUGACUUGGAAAACCCAAUCAAUUUCUCUGUAUUCCCAGGGCACCAAGGUGGUCCACACAACCACACCAUUGCUGCUUUGGCAACUGCUUUGAAACAAGCCGAUACUCAAGAAUUUAAGGAUUAUCAAAACCAAGUUGUCAAGAACGCCAAGGCUUUGGAAGAACAGUUCAAAGCUAAGGGAUACAAGUUGGUUUCCGAUGGUACUGAUUCCCACAUGGUUCUUGUUUCAUUAAAGGACAAACAAAUUGAUGGAGCUAGAAUUGAAACUGUUUGUGAAAGAAUCAAUAUUGCCUUGAACAAAAACUCUAUUCCUGGUGACAAGUCAGCUUUGGUUCCAGGAGGUGUUAGAAUUGGUGCCCCAGCAAUGACAACUAGAGGAUUGGGUGAAGAAGAUUUCAAGAGAAUUGUUGACUAUAUUGAUUUUGCUGUCAAUUACGCAAAAGAAAUCCAAGCUAAUUUGCCUAAAGAUGCCAACAAGUUGAAAGACUUCAAGCACAAGGUCUUGCAUGAACAAGAUGAGAAAUUGGAUGCUGUCAAGGCGGAAAUUUCUGAAUGGGCCGGUUCAUUCCCAUUGGCUGUUUGA